UCCUUCUCUACUUAGCCACCAAGAAAAGCGACAGAAAAGAGUCGUCGAUCACCUUCUACAUAACUCUCCACUUGACUCCAUCUUCAUCAGCAAAAGAACAAACACUCUUUACACACACACAUACACUUCACAAGAGGCGUUUUCAAUACAAACACUAAGAAGCAAAGAGAUCAAAAACCGUCGUUACAUUACAUAUGAGCGCAGACUGGGGGCCAGUGAUUGUAGCGGUGUCUCUGUUCAUCCUACUAUCACCAGGCCUACUGUUUCAGAUUCCAGCGAGGACGAGAGUGGUCGAGUUCGGGAACAUGAGCACGAGCGGUAUCGCUAUUUUGGUUCACGCAGUUAUAUACUUUUGUAUACUCACAAUCUUGGUGAUCGCUAUACAAGUUCACAUCCAUUUCUGAUCUCUCUGCUCUCUUAUAUCAUGUAAAUGUACGUAACAAAAAAAAAACGGAGUUUUAUUACAAACUCUAAUGUAAUUUACAAAUCUCUCGUUCAACAUGUCUAAACCAAGAUGACAGAAAGUAAGCAACUUUUGUCUGAAUUUGAGCAAAUAAACAGAGUUAAAGAGACUUUAAAGUAAAAAAGCAAACUGAAGUAAAUAUUACAAUACAAGUACGAAACACAACUUUCAUCAUGUCUGUU